AUGCCUCCAAAGGGAGCAAAACCCACAAGCGAUGAGCUCCUAGCUCAGUUCGAUAACCUUGACAUCGACGGGUCCGAAAAGGCGCCCAAGCAGACCCCUGCCCCCGCUGCCCCCACGGUCGACAAUGCAACGGCCGCACAGGAGGACAUCCUCAGCGAGCUGGAUCACUUAGCUGCCCAGCGACCUAGCAGUGGACCUGGUACCCCUAGACUCUCGGUAGACAAGGCGAGGUCCUCCACACGGUCCCCGCGGCCCAGUGCGACCAUUGACCGGGCCCGCCAGUCAGAGGAAACUGGCCGUUCUUCUCGUGCCAGUGCUAAACCCGAACCGACCAAACAAGAGCCCGAGGAUGCCUCGCAGCAACAGCAGCAGCAGCAGCAGCAGGAAGAGGCCGAAGGUGGUGGUUGGUGGGGCGGCUGGUCCGGUGGCAUCUUCGCAACCGCCAGCGCAACAGCUUCUGCAGCUAUGAAGCAGGCCGAGGCCGCCGUCAAGGAAAUUCAAAACAAUGAAGAAGCCCAGCGCUGGGCGCAGCAUAUGAAGGGCAAUGUCGGUGCCCUCAGAGAUCUCGGCGGCGAGCUUCGCAGCAUGGCAAUCCCAACCUUCACCAACCUCAUCCAUACCCUCGCACCCCCAAUUUCCUCUCACGAACGCCUCCAGAUUCACGUAACGCACGAUCUCUCUGGCUACCCCGGCGUCGACCCGCUAGUGUACGCUGUCUUCUCUCGCGUAAUGGCGCAAGUCGAGGGCGGCGACCUAUUGGUCAUUCAGCGGGGCCAAGAAUCAUCUCCCAAGCGCGGUCUCGACGUCGGCGGAUAUAUCUCUAGUGCAGGAUGGGGCGAUGGUCCCUGGUGGCGGACAGUAACACCAGGAACCCCACGGACGAUCAACGCCGUGCCCGGAACGAUCGAGGCAUCCAAGCUCGCUCGUGCCAGCGCCGAGUCCUACGCUACGGAAUACUUCUCCUCGCGAGGCGGAAUUGAAGAAGCCGCCAAACAGGCCACCGAGGUCUUGAGCGAAUCAAACCCCGUUCGCAGCAGUGAUAUCUUCCUGGCGAUUCAGGCUAUCACCCAGACCGUUUCGUCGGAUCUUUUCCAGGCCGGUGCUUCGGGCGAGAAGCCCGCCACACCUGGAGCCAUUGAGACUCCCGAGCCGCAAGAAGAGAUCUCUUUCGCGCUGUACCUUCACGACCCUGUGCAUGGCAUUGCCUUCCACACUAUUUCCCAGGCCGUGCCUCAGAAGUGGAUUGAAUGGCUCGACGCUUCUGCCCCGGCUAUCGAGAACCCGGACGCCGAGGAUGCAGAGGUUCCCCGCGCCGUCACACCGGAGGCCAUCGCCGAGAUCAUCGAGAGUGGAGGCGUGGAUCCGCGCGAGUGGGCUGCUGAGUGGAUCGAGGAAUCGCUUUCGCUUGCGGCUGGUACUAUUGCGCAGCGCUACGUAGCUCGCCGUAUGGGCGUUGGUGAGGGCGGUGCUGGAAAGGGCAAGAUGCGGGCCGAGCAGGCGACGACGGUUGAUAGUGGUGCAGGUGAGGCGGCGCGCGCUUUGUAA